GUUCGAGGCCAGCCUGUGCUAAAACGCGGACCACCCUCCUAACAAAACCCAAAAGGUUUUGCCCUCUUGUGUACAUCUUUAGAAACUACAGGAAAGAUGUAACAUUGUUUACUAUACAGAACGUAAACUCGGUUCACACCCCAGCAUCCCCUGAAGUUGAGCCUUACAGAAGCCAGGCAGAGCCUUCCUGUCGCAAUCUUCUCAGGCCCUACCUCCAGUUUCCCACGGGUCCUGGAACACCACUGUUAACCAGAGUUCAAGAGGGUAGCUCGUUUUUCUGGUAUUAAUGUUGGGAGCUUCCAGGAGCAGCGGUGCCGCUCAACCACACGGAAAGCUGUCGCAGGCGGCCCCUCCUGCCACGCGGGCCAGCAGAUGGCGGGGUCCUCUGUGACGCGCCGUUACCUGUCCCCGCACUGCCCGGGAGGAGCGGCGCGGAGGCGCAGAUGCAGCAGCACCGGCGGCAUGAACGGCUACCAGCCUCCAGUGGUGAUCGACAACGGCUCGGGAAUGAUCAAGGCGGGCCUGGCUGGGACCCGGGAGCCCCAGUUCGUCUACCCGAAUAUUCUGGGCCGGACCAAGGGCCACAGCAGUGCGGUGGAGGAGCUGUGUGUGGGUGAUCAGGCGCAGGAGCGCAGGAGCUUCCUGUCCAUCAGCUAUCCAGUGGAACGGGGUCUCAUUUCCUCCUGGGGGGACAUGGAGAUCAUGUGGAAGCAUAUCUACGACUACAACCUGAACCUGAACGCCAGUGAUGGACCCGUCUUGGUUACCGAACCCGCGCUGAACCCCUUGGCAGACCGGCUGCACAUCUCCGAAGUGUUUUUUGAAAAUCUGGGAGUCCCUGCCUUCUACAUGUCUGUGCAGGCUGUGCUGGCUCUCUUUGCUGCCGGCUUCACGACUGGCCUGGUGCUGAACUCGGGUGCCGGCAUUACUCAGUGUGUGCCCAUCUUUGAGGGUUACUGCCUAUCUCACGGUGUAAAACAGCUAAACGUGGCAGGAUUUGACCUCACCAGCUACCUCAUGAUGCUACUGAAGGACGAGGGGGUCAUGCUGCUUAGAACGGGGGACAGGAAGAUUGUGACAGACAUUAAGGAGAAUGCUUGCUAUGUGGCAAUGAACUAUGAAGAGGAAAUGACCAAGGAAUCUAACCUAGAGAAAAUAUACACCCUGCCCGAUGGGAAGACUGUCAAACUCCAUAAGCAGGUCUUCCGGUGCCCAGAGGCCCUCUUCUCUCCGUAUCUUGUGAAUGUUGAUGCUCCAGGCAUUGACAAGAUGUGCUUUAGCAGCAUAACGAAAUGUGACGUGGAUCUCAGGAGUUCCUUCUUCUCCAAUAUCAUCCUUUCGGGAGGAUCGACGACUUUUCCUGGUUUAGAUAAGCGACUCAUUAAGGAUGUGGCAAAGAUGGCACCUGCCAAUACCACCGUGCAGGUUAUAGCGCCCCCGGAAAGGAAAAUAUCAGUGUGGAUGGGGGGGUCCGUGCUUGCGUCCCUGUCUGCCUUCCAAGACAUGUGGAUCACGGCUGCAGAGUUCGAAGAAGUUGGACCCAACAUUGUACACCAGAGAUGCUUUUGAAAUGCAGACCGAAUGAUGAGUAAAAACGCUUUGUGUGUACAUCACAAAACGCUUGGGGUGUUCUUAUCUGGGGAGGAUGAAAGGUGUUUCUGUCAUUGGGAUGACCACCUUCUUUUUUAAAAUGAUUUUGGUAGUUCUGGGAGUUGAACCUAGAGUCUCAGGAACGCUUAGUGCUCUACCACUAAGCUAUAUUCCCAGCUGUCUUUUGUUUUUGUUUUUGUGUGUUUGUUUGUUUGGUUUUUUGAGACAGGGUUUCUCUGUGUAGACCUGGCUGUCCUGAAACUCACUCUGUAGACCAGGUUGGCCUCAAACUCAGAAAUCCACCUGCCUCUGCCUCCCAAGGGCUGGGAUUGGCUUCCAGCUGUCUUUUUUACUUUGUAUUUUGAGAUGUUUUGAGAUAGGAUCUCCUGCAACAUUGCCUAGGCUGGAUUUGAGAAUUUGUAAUCCUUGUGCUUCAGUGCCCCAGAUAGCUGGAAUUACAAGUUUGCAACUUUGGGCCUGGCUUUCUUGGAUUCUUUGAACAGGGCAAGAAACAAUGUAAUAAUAAUAGUGGGUGUUGUAGGAGAUGAGGUACAGCUCAGAAACCACUGAAACAGUCCCUCCUUUGGGGAAAAGGCUUUUAUUGUGAUGAGAUAGGGAAAAGAAUCCAGAGGCAUCUGGAAGAGUCGGAAGCAGAGAGGCACCUUGACCGGCGUGGGUGGGGCAGUCUGCAAGACAAGCGGAGUGUGAGAGAGAGCAGGGGUGGGCACAUCUUGCAGAUUCUGUCAGGUCUGAAAGAGCCUGGACAGAUGGCCAUCUGUGGUGCCUAAUAACACAUCCUGGCCUCUGGGCUCGCUCAACCGCUGUGGCUCCCCUCAGGUCUUCUUACUCUGUCCUCUACCCUAAACUUCUCCAGUCAUGGCCUUCCCCUCCCCACCUUCAUUGCUAUAUGACCCUGCAAUUUUAUCUAUGUGCUCU